CAGCUAACGAUGUUGAAAACGCCUAUCCCGGGUUGAAAACGCCAAGAACGCCCCUUUUUGUUCUGCCGCCGCCGUGGCUGGAUCCAGCCUUCGAAUAGUGAUGUACCGGACAGCUGCAGCCAUUUUACUGAAAAAUAAUUCUAAUUUGAAGAGAAAAAUACAGCAGAAGAUUAACUUGUAAGACAAUGAGUCUCUCCAGAGAAAGUUUGACUUGUGAAAAAUCUGCUGGACCUAGCUGUGUGUCCAUGAAGAGUGAUUCAUCAAAGAAACAUCCUCCUGAUUUGAGUUCUGGAGAUUGUGGUGAAUAUGUAAGUUUGACUUAUGGAAAAUCUACUGAACCCAGCUGUGUGUCCAUGAAGAGUGAUCGAUCAAUGAAUCAUCCACUUACCUUCAGUUCAGGAGACUCCGGUGCAGAUGUGAGUAACACAACAGAUGGAUCAAAGUCUUUCAAAGGGAAGCACAUGGACUCUAUUUUCCAGGAGCUUGAAAGUAAAAUCAUCUCUCUGAUGAAGAAAGAGCUGAAAAUCUUUAAAAGAAUACUGAGUACAGAUUACCUAGCAUACUCUGAGAGAGAGGAGGAGGAUGAUGAAGAUCAGAGCAGGGUCAGAGAUGGACUUCUGAAGAUCACACUGCACAUCCUGAAGAAGAUGAACCAGACAAAUCUUACUAACAAACUUCAGACAAAAUUUCUCCCUUUGUAUGUGAAGAAACACAAAUCCAGACUUUCGGAGAAAUUUCAGAGAAUUCAUGAAGGAAUAUCAAAUCAUGGAAUCUCAACACUUGUGAAUGAGAUCUACACAGAGCUUUACAUCACAGAGGGAGGGAGUGGAGGGAUCAAUAAUGAACAUGAGGUGAGAGAGAUUGAGACAACAUCCAGAAGAUCAGAGACAGAAGAAACACCAAUCAAAUGUAAUGACAUCUUUAAAGCUUUACCUGGACAAGACAAACCUAUCAGAACUGUGCUGACUAAAGGAGUCGCUGGAAUUGGAAAAACCGUCUCUGUACAGAAGUUCAUACUGGACUGGGCUGAAGGAAAAGAAAAUCAGGAUCUUCACUUCAUAUUUCCACUUCCUUUCAGGGAGCUGAAUCUGAUAAAACAAGAAAAUAUCAGUCUGAUGGAUCUUCUUCAUCAGUUCUUCACAGAUACAAAACAACUGAGAUCAGCAGACUUUGAUGACUACAAGGUUUUGUUUAUCUUUGAUGGUCUGGAUGAGUGUCGACUUCCUCUUGAUUUCUCAAACAAUCAGAGUUUGUUUGAUGUAGAUGAAUCAGCCUCAGUGGAUGUGCUGCUGACAAACCUCAUCAAGGGGAAUCUGCUUCCUUCUGCUCUGAUCUGGAUGACAUCACGACCAGCAGCAGCCAAUCAGAUUCCUCAUGAGUGUAUUGACCAGAUCACAGAUGUACGAGGUUUCAAUGAUCCUCAGAAGGACGAGUAUUUCAGGAAGAGAAUAAAUGAUGAGAGUCUGGCUAACAGAAUCCUCACACACAUCAAAUCAUCCAGAAGUCUGUACAUCAUGUGUCACAUCCCAGUCUUCUGUUGGAUUACAGCCACUGUUCUAGAGAGAAUGUUGAGUGAAUCACAGAGUAAAGCAGAGAUCCCCAAGACUCUCACACAAAUGUUCACACACUUCCUGAUCUUUCAGACCAAACUGAGGAGUCAGAAGUAUGAUGGGAAAUGUGAGAUAGAUCUUCAGCAGGCUAGAAAGAGUCUCAAGUCACUGGGAAAACUGGCUUAUCAACAGCUGGAGAAAGGGAAUCUGAUCUUCUAUGAGGAGGAUCUGAGAGGGUCUGGCAUUGAUGUGAGAGAAGCUUCAGUGUAUUCAGGAGUUUGUACUCAGAUCUUCAGAGAGGAGUCUGGACUUUACUUCGGGAAAGUUUACAGUUUUGUUCAUCUGAGCAUUCAGGAGUUUCUCGCUGCUUUGUUUGUGAUUCUUUCAUUUCUUCAACAAACAUCAGGGCCCUUCAGCAGGUUCAAAUCAAAUAUGAGUGAUUUACUGAAGAGUGAAGUGGACAAGGCCUUACAGAGUGAAAACGGACACCUGGACCUUUACCUCAGAUUUCUCCUGGGUCUUUCACUGGGGUCCAAUCAGAUGAUCUUACGAGAUCUGAUGAUACAGACAGGAAGCUCUGACAGUAGACAGGAAAUAGUUGAGUACAUUAAGAUGAAGAUCAGAAAGAAUCCCUCUCCAGAGAAAACCAUCAAUCUGUUUCACUGUCUGAAUGAACUGAAUGAUCAAUCUCUAGUGCAGGAAAUCCAAACAUACCUGAACAGAGGAGGUAACUGUAGUUUAACUGGAGUCAAACUCUCUCCUGCUCAGUGGUCAGCUCUUGUGUUUGUGUUGCUGAACUCAGAAGAGAAGCUGGAUGAGUUUAUACUGAAGAAAUAUGAUCGAUCAGAUGAAUGUCUUAUCAGACUCCUGCCAGUGAUCAAAGCGUCCAGAAAAGCUGAUCUAAGUCGCUGUAAUCUGACAGAGGAAAGUUAUACAUCAUUGACCUCAGUUCUAAGCUCAAAUCUGACAGAACUGGACCUGAGUUACAAUAAGCUGCAGGAUUCAGGAGUGAAGCUGCUCUCUGAUGGACUGAAGAAUACAAACUGUAAACUGAAGACAUUGCAUCUGUAUAACUGCAGCAUUGGAGCUAAAGGUUGUGCUGCUUUGGCUUCAGCUCUGAGAUCAAACCCAUCACAUCUGAGGGAACUGAAUCUGAACUUUAAUGAACCAGGAGAUUCAGGAGUGAAGCUGCUCUUUGAUCUACUGAAGGAUCCACACUGUAAACUAGAGAGACUAUAUCUGAUUGACUGUAAUCUGACAGAGAAAAGUUGUUCAUCAUUGGCUCCAGUUCUCGGCUUAAACUCCUCAAGUUUAACAGAACUGAACAUGAGUGUCAAUAACCUGCAGGAUUCAGGAGUGAAGCUGCUUUCUGAUGGACUGAAGAAUACGAACUGUAAACUAAAGACAUUAACUCUGUUUAGCUGCAGUUUUGGAUAUAAGGGUUUUGCUGCUUUGGCUUCAGCUCUGAGAUCAAACCCAUCACAUCUGAGAGAACUGAAUCUAAGAAGUAAUAAACCAGGAGAUUCAGGAGUGAAGCUGCUCUCUGAUCUACUUAAGGAUCCACACUAUAAACUAGAGAAACUAGAUUUUUAGCCUCAGCUCUACCAGUUACCCAAAGACAGCGGCAAUGGCAGAGGAAUGGCAAGGGGGUGGCCUUAAAUGAUUUUUGCCACCCCAGUUGGCACUCCAACCCUGACCACAAACAAUUUUAAUUAUACAGUGUUUAAUUUGAGGGCCUAUAAAUGCUUGUAUGUGACUGCUGGACAGUCAGAGAGAGCAAUCUCAAAAAUAUUUAAGAAUUUACAUUUCCCUGUAAUGUUUCAGUAUAACUAUAUAAUAGGGCUGGGAAAAAAUAUAGAUUCUCCAAUUUUAAUCAAUCUUUAACAAAAUCGAUAUCUAAAUGUGUGUGUUUUACUUUAAAGUGUCCGAUAGCCCAGGCCAAGCGUAAACAAUGCUCAGGCCAGUUAAGAGAACUCUUAACCUCUCAGUCCUGAAAGUUUGUGAUUUUAAUAUUUACACAAAGGUGAUGCGAAACAGAUAUAAUAUAGCUAUAUGACAGUGUAUAUUAGUACUGCCAAGGACUAUGUGAAAUAGUUUACAAUAUUUUUAUUGUCCUAACUGUAUUCUGGAAUUGUCAGAUAUGAGAAAAAUAUAUUGUCUUAGUUUUAUAUAGGUCGAUAUAUUCUGAAUUAAGAUUAUUUUUGCAUUUAUUUGUAGGUUGAAAUAAUAGUGUCACUGAAAGAUAAGAUUUUAUAUAUUUUUGAUAAUAAUUUGAUAAAAGUUAAAGAUUUUAAUUUUCCACAAACUUUGUGAUUACAGUUCAAAGGUAUUAAUAUUAAUUUUACUCUUUAUAGCUUCCCUCCGGUAUAUAUAUUGAUACGUAUUUUCUGAAAUGUUAUUAGGGUCCAAGCACCAUAAGGUGGGAAGCCCAUUUGUUUUCUUUCAGAUUAAUUCCUUUUUAUGGCACUUUUGGGUAUUUUGAGGCUUUUAACAUCCUCAAAAACUCUGAUAUUUGGUACAACACCAGAGUCAUCGGCCAUUAGGCCGGGACAAAGGCUGACAUACAGGUGUGGCAGAAGCUCUCUCUAGCGCCCUCUAUAUAAUGCACAAAAAACUGUACAGAUUUUGCAUACAUGUAGGCACAUGAAAGAAACUUGGUAGUAUAGAAACGCGGUACGUGUAUACAAACUUGGUAAAUGUAUAGUUCUCAUCAACCCGAACAAAUUUUGCAGGGACAUCCAUAAGCUACGCCCAACAGGAAGUCGGACAUUUUACUUUUUUUUAAGUGCAUACCGUGAACUUUUAAAUACUCCUCCUAAGGGAUUUGACAGCAAACUUAGUGAACAUGAUGCCAAGACAUCGAAGCUAAAUUGUGAAUGGAUUUUUGAUAUCUUAAACACUCUUGCCAUCUAUUUUUAAAUCUGCCCUGAAAACGUAGUUUUUUCCUUGGGCAUUUGAUUCUUACUGUUAAUUAAAUUUAUAUCUUCAUUUUAAUUUGUUUUAUAUAUUUUAUUUCUUUUCUUCUAACCUUGUAAAGCACUUUGGUCAAUUUCCAAUGUUUUUGAAUGUGCUAUACAAAUAUAUUUGUAUUGUAUUGUAUUUUAAGUCACAAAAUGUAAUGACAAUAGAGUCUGCAUUAAUCUGCCUUCAUGCGUUUAUUACACAAGAAGGUUUCAGAUACCACAGUGUCAUGAGUUUAGUUCAAUUCAGAUUUUUUUACACGUUUGUUGAUAUUUUAAUUGCAGCAAUAUUUUGUAAUUUGUUAAUAUUUGCCUGUUUGGCACAAAGUUUGCGUGUUUUAUCGCAGAGACAAAGCAUUCAUUAAUCUGCUCCAUGUGAUGUUAAACAUGUAAAGUAAUGCUCUGUUCAUUUGUUAUCUUCACAAAUAA